AACGGGACAAGAACUCAGCUCCCGGAUUAUUUACUCCAGAUAUUAAUGAAGUCACAACACACAGGCCGAAUCAAUCACGUCCCUUGGCAACCCAUCAAACGGAUGACAUCGCGAGCUUUGAAAUUCGAAGUCAGCAGCAUUGCCCAAUAACUCGAUCACAUCCAUUCCUGUAUCACAAUGGCCUUCCAACCCACUCGCCGCAUGGCUCCCAGCCUCCUGCGCGCGCGCCUCGCGUCCGCCGCCCCGCGCAACAGCCCCCUUGUUCGUCUUUAUUCUUCCUCCACCGAAACCCCCGCCCCGCCAAUGCUGCAGAAGCUCAAAGCCGACCUCAAAACCGCCAUGCGCGCCAAAGACGCCCCACGGCUGAUGGUGCUCCGGUCAAUUCUCUCCUCGACCCUCAACGCCUCCAAGACGGCGAACCCGAUCCAGACAGAUGUGCAGCUGGUGGCGCUGCUGCGCAAGACGGUGCGCGCCUCCGAGGAUGCGUCGGCCGAGUUCAAGGGUGCGGGGAGGGACGACCUCGUUGAGAAGGAGCAGGCGCAGAUCGAUGUCCUAAAAGAGUAUGUGGCCGGGAGCGGUGUUCAAGAGGUCAGUGCCGAGGAUUUGAAGGCGCUGACUAUGGGCGUGGUGACGGCUAUGACGGAUGACGGGAUGGUGCAGGGCAAGGCGAAAAUGGGAGAGGUUAUGAAGAAGUUAAUGGCGCCUGGUGGGCCUUUGGAUGGGAAGGUGUUUGAGAAGGCGGACUUGGCCAAGGUGGUGAAGGAGGUUGUGGGCUAAUCGUGAGACGGGCAGAUACCUCUGUGUGUGGUCUAGGUGUAUUAAAACUGUAAAGCGAAAUGUACGGGCCGGCGCAAAAAGACGGCGGAAUCUCCACUUUGAUACCCCUUUCCAAGCAGAAGCAUAUGCAAAUGGACCUCUUGAAUCAUUAAUGAGCUUGGGAAGGCAAGUGUGACGGUAUAAUCAUUGUUACUUCAACACCUUCACGGACGGAAAAUACGGCUCACAGCCCACCUUGUAGUCAUAAACAUAAGUCAAAAGAUUAUCAAACACUAGCACCUAAUGUUCACCUUGGCCACAAUGGCAACGAAGCCAUGGUUGACUUAGUUAUAUGACGUUUG